UCUGCAGGGAGUGGUGUGGAGGUGUCCACAGUGCAGCGGCAGCGUCUGGAGCUGCAGCUCCUCAUAGCAGAGCUGAAGGACCGAGAUCAGGAGCUCAACACUAUGGCUGCAGCUCAUCACAAGCAGAUGCUGAUCUGGGAACAGGAGCGGCAGAGGGUGCUGAUCCUGGAGCAGAGAUCUGCCCGACUGGAGGAUGAGCUCCAGAAGCGUAAUGAUGUGAUCCGAGCUCUGAGCAGGCGUCUGCAGCUGAGUGAGGCCCGAGAGAAGCACUCAGAGCGGGAGCUGAACAGCACACAGCAGCAGCUGCACGAGCUCAGCCAGAGGCAGAUGAACACCAGCAGACACGAGCAGGACCUGGAGGACAGAAAUGAGAGUCUGAAGUCGACGGUUCUGAUGCUGUCAACUCAGGUGGGUCAACUACAGGUACGGGAGGAGGAGCUCAGCUCAAUGCUCAAACUUAAGGAUAAAGAUGUGAUCGAAGCCACGAACCACAUCCUGGAGCUGUCGGGCCGUGUGUGUGAGCUGGAGAAGACCCUGGAGGAACUGCGCACGCGAGAUGGCAAAACACAGCGAGACGCAGAGGAGCACAAACAGCGCUUCAGAGAGAGCCGAUACCAGAACA